AUGGAGGAUAGGAAGGCCUUCAUCGUCGGCAUCAGCGGGGCUUCGUCUAGCGGCAAGACGACUCUAGCUCGGUUGCUGCGCGAUGUCUUCCCCAGCACCUUUGUCCUGCACGAGGAUGAUUUCUACAAGCCCGAGACCGAGGAGGGCAUCGCAGACUGGGACUGCGCCGAAGCCAUCUCCAUCCCGGACCUAGCGCGCGCUCUGUCGCAUAUCCGUGCCCACGGCACGUUCCCAGUCCGUCCGUUCCGCAACACGAGGCGCAAGCCGCACGUCGCUAACCCCGCGCGCAAGCACUUCGUCGACUCGAAGGAGGACCAGAACUCGGUGGGCGCCUGCCCGGUCCCCGACGCCAGCAUCGCCGAGGCGCGGGCCCGGGUCGCCGCCUGGCUGGCGCCCGGACAGCCGGGGCACGGGAUCCUGUCGUCUGGCGGCGGCGGCGGCGGCGGCGUCGUCCGCGCUGUCGCGUCCGGCUCCGACGCUGACGGCUCGCCGCCCCCGCCGGCGCAGCCGGAGCCGGAGCAGCAGCAGCAGCAGCAGGACGGCCUGCGCGUCUGCAUCCUGGACGGCUUCCUGCUGUACUCGGAGGAGAUGGAGGCCGGCGGGGUGACGCCGCUGCUGGACGCGAAGCUGUUCCUGGUGGUGGGCCGCGAGCGCGCGAUGCAGCGCCGCCGCGCCCGCGACGGCUACGUCACCCUCGACGGCUUCUGGACCGACCCCCCCGGCUACGUCGAAAAGGUCGUCUGGCCCAACUACGCCGCCGCCCACGCGCGCCUCUUCCGCGGCGGCGACGUCGACGCCGGCCGCCUCGACGACCGCGCCCUCCGCGACAAGGGCAUCCUCGCCCAGACCGACCGCCCCGACGAGCCCGACAUGGAGACCACCUUCCGCUGGGCUGUAGACACGCUGAUGAGGCAGUUGGAAGAGGCAGGGAAACGGCGGUGA